AUGUUCAUCACCACCACCAUCCAAGCGACCGCCUCCACUUUGUCCAUAACUUUACUCCUGUUGCUAUUCGUUUUCCCACAUCGCUCUCUUCACCAACAACCACAACAACACAAGCACGACCUCCUUCUUUCAUAUCUUCGGUGGAGAUGUUUUCGAGGCUACGACACACGUGUCGAUUAUAAAGAUUCAAGCUGCGUCGUACUCCAACAACGAAAACCCCGUCUAAUUCAACGUCAUCGUCAAAUUCAUUACCCGGUUAUUUUUCUUGGGACACCUUGA